AUGAUGCGCACCGCCCCGGAGAGAUUGGUAACCCCCGUCUCGCGCCCGAACCGGUCGCCGGGCAUCGUCAUGUCGAGCCCGUUGAGCGCGGACUCGAUGCUGGUCGCUUCCGGCGGUCGUAUCGUGCCUCCCAACUACGAGGAGCGCGACGGCUGGACCUACCGCAUUGUGGCUUCUUCCCCCGUGGAUGGUGCGCCGCAGCAAGGUGCAAGAGGCGAUGGCGGCGCCUUCUGUAUUAGACGAAGAGGCGGCCAAUGA